AUGCCAAAUUCUGUCAGAAGCACUUCAGAUCAGCCGCCGUUUGUUCUGCUCGCCGCUCUGAGCCCAGAAUUAUUGCCAUUCCUGGAAACCCGCCCACUGCUUCGUGCUUCCACCAGCGCAGCUCUGCCGCCGUCUCCCCUGCCCCCUGGUCUGCUCGCCGUGGGAGGACUCCCGCUGUGCUCCAUGCGGCGGCCCCUCCCCUCGGGGGUUCACACUCCUGCUUCGCUGCGCCCCUCCAAGAGCAGGCUGGCGGGCGGCCCCUCCCGCCAGGACCGGCUCCACCGGCGGGUGUGCGCUGAGCCUUCAGGCAGGCGUGGCCUAGCUCACCAGCAGCCUUGCUCCUCUGGACCUGACAGCCGGUCCCCCGAGCAGGGGAGAGCUGCCAGGCCCGCCUACAAGCGCACGCCCUGGCCCCCUGCCUCUCCCCACGGCGGGCGUGAGCCUCCCGAGACGCCGCGAUCUGCUCUGCUGCCCUGA